GCUCUUUACUGUGACAGCUCACUCACUCCCCCUUUAUUUUCUUUCCCUUCAAAUACCCCCAUCAACCUAAACCGACUUGUUUUAAACAUUAUUUUACUCCUCACACCACACCGCCCUUCCUCUCCUGUUCCUCUUCAAAUCUCAGCUACUCCUUUUUCACUUUCUUUUAAGUGCCUAAACCAACGUUCAAAGCAUCAUAUUUUCAACUACUACUACUCUCCAUCCUCUCCUAGUACAAUAAGAAGAGGUCUUUUUUUUUUUUUUGAGUGUGUGGUGUCAAAUCUUGGAGGGUGUUUUUCUUGAUAUUCUGCAUCUGCUGACAGAAUGAAUAAACAAGAAAUGUUGAAGACUCAGACUUGUGUUCUUAAAGUAAAUAUACACUGUGAUGGCUGCCAACAGAAAGUGAAAAAGAAAUUGCAAAAGAUUGAAGGAGUUUACACAGUGAAGAUAGAUUCAGACCAAAGCAAAGUAACAGUGACAGGAAAUGUUGAUCCAGCAACACUGAUAAAGAAGCUAGUAAAGUCAGGGAAACAUGCUGAGCUAUGGGGAGGAGCACAAAAGGGAGGUUCUAAUUUGAAUAUGAUGAACAAUCAGUUCAUAAACAUGCAAAUGGACAACUUUAAAGGUGGAAAAGACAACAAAUCUCAAAAGGGUGGUGGUGGUGGUGGUGGUGGAAAUAAGGAACCGCCAAAGGGAAAUGCACAACAGUUUCUUCAGAUGAUGCAGAAUCUCAAAGGGUCAAAGGAUAAUUUCAAGAUGCCCAAUGCUCCUAAUCCCAAGGAUCAAAAAUCUGUGAAGUUUAAUUUGCCUGAGGAUGAUUUUGAUGAUGAUGAGUUUGAUGAUGAAUUUGAUGAAUCUGAUGAAUUUGAUGAUGAAUCUGAUGAUGAGUUUGAUGGUCCUCCGCCUUCUAAGAUGGGUGGGGGUGGUCAUGGACCCCAUGGGCUUAAUGCAAUGAUGAUGAAGGGUGGGGCUAUGAUGGGUAAUAAUGGUGGAAAUGGUAAGAAAGGUGGCGGUGGCGUUGAAAUUCCAGUACAAAUGAAGGGUAUGACUGGAAAUCAUCAUGAUGGUAAGAACAAUAAUGGAGGAAAACAGGGGAAAGGAGGGAACCAGAAUCAAAGUGGUGGUAAAAAUGAUGGUAAAAAUGGUAAAGGUAACAAUAAUGGAAGUUUGGGAGGUAAAAAUAAUGAUAAUUGGGGAGCAGCAGCUCAGAAAGGAGGAGGGGGAGGAGGGAAAAUGGAUGGAGGCCUAAUGAUGAACAGUAUGCAACAAGGGCCACAUGGUAUGAUGAGUAUGGGCCAAAAAAGCAUGGGCCCAAUGGGUAAUCACCCGAUGGGCCAUAUGCCGGCAGCUCAAGGACUACCGGCUGGUGGUGCUGGUGGAUACCCUGGGAUGGGGAUGGGGAUGGGGCAGGGUGGCAACAACCCUUAUAGCCAACAACAACAGCAGUACAUGGCACAAAUGAUGAUGAACCAGCAGCGGCCUGCCGGAUAUGACAUGUACGGUGCCCAUCCGAUGAUGUACGCUAGGCAGCAUCCAGCUGUGAGUUACGGGCCUCCACCACCUAUGGGAGCUCCGGUGCAUGAUAAUUUUACUCAUAUGUUUAGUGAUGAGAAUACAGGCAGCUGUAGUAUUAUGUAAAUUGUUUUUCAAAAAAGGUGUCUACUUUGUUUUGGUCUUGGUCUUAUUAUGAAGUGAUGAAGGAAUGCUUUUGUCUUCAUAAAGCAAAUUGUAAGAA